AAAAUGGAAUGGAACAUUUCGAAGUGUGUCACCAUGGAUCGUACGCUACCGCUGGUUGUUGCCAUUCUAGUGCUUCAAGCAUUAUGGGGCUUUGCCUUCUCCACAGUUCUGGGCCCACGAACAAGGGCUACUGAUAACGUCGUCCAAAACGAUCUGAAUGAGAGUAAAUAUUGCUACUCCUGCGUUAAAAUCGACAACAUCUGCUAUAACCACAGCUACCUGUUUGAGCUACCCGCCCCUUUUAGCGAAGAUCCCGUAGUGAAGAGAAUGGCUAUCAUGAAGGCCACUAACGUCUUAUACUACAACUUUGAACCAACCCUCAGUGACAAAGAAUACUCCAAAGUGGGCUUCACAUCUUUAAACAACACAAAAUUAUUUGGCGUCAUCCCUGGCUGGCAAUACAACUUUGGACCCUUUGAUAUAAAUCAGAAAGAAAAAAAAGUAUAUCUAGGUGGUUCCGAAGGCAUAUGGGUUGUUGAUGAUACCAGAUAUGUUCCAAGAUAUUUUGCUGCGAUGUUAAAUUUCAUCACUAACAUUUUUAUAAAGGACUUUAUCUAUUUCACUACAUCCCAACAAAAAGGAAUAUUAAAAUACAUUGACGAAUAUAAUAUCAUUAAAGUUGUAGAUAAGACGAUAUAUAAUUUUGUUUUCGAUGUCGGGUAUAAUAUUGUGUAUUUAAAUGAUACUGGAUUGUUUAUCUCAUUUCAUAGUAAUAAUAAAGAAGAUGUAAAAUUAUCAAAUGAAGGUUGGAUUAGAGGUUUGACUGUUGAUGUGAAUGGAGCAGUAUACGCCUGGCAUGAAGAUGGGAUAUAUAAAGUGACUGUAAGCAACACUCAUUCCGAGUCUACACUGAAACGUGUUACAAUUAUAGCUCCCGACGCUAUGACGUUUGAUGAGUCGAAUAACAUAUUGUAUACGAUUGGAAAAAAAUUGUAUAAGUUGACUAAAGUCGCUACGAGUAAGUGUUUUGGCAGGUAAUUCAAGUUGAAGAGUAACCAAAUAAUUUGCAUUAAAUACAUUAUUUUCGUACUUACAGUCAACCAAUUGGAACCCUAGACCACUGUAAAUCAGAUUGUAAGAAAUCUCUUACUGCUUGUCAUUUUGACAUGGUUGUAGAGUGGC